AUGAAUCAACCUGCAAAUCAAGCAGUUAGAGGUCAGCCUUUAGCACCUCAAAACGCUAAUAUUCCUUUAAAUUCACCCUUUGAUAAUCUUACUGCCGAAAAAAAAUAUGAAAUUUUAACUAAUGGUACAAAUCCAUUUACUGUACAAGAAACGGAAAAUCAGGCA